AUGCCCUCCAUGCCCUAUGGCCAGAUGAGGGACCAGGCCCUCAGAAACCGUAGCAUCCACACCCAGCUGAUGGAGAUGGUGCUGUCCUUGAGGCAGACCAUGGAGGAUAACAUCACGCAGCUGAUGACCAGGCACCAGCAGCAGGACCUGGCGCUGGAGAAGCAGAGGCACAAUCAGGCCAUCAGGGACCAGGAGGCCUUCCUGGGUCACUUAAUGUUCCAGAUGCUCCACUACCUGCAGUCUGGGGCCACAGGUGACCAGAGCUUCCAACCGCCUGACGCUUCCAUGGAUGUCGAUGUCGGAGGUGGGCAGCAGGCCCAAUCAUCCAGGCAGACUUGCCAGAUGUUUUACCAACGGAGUGAUUUUGAAGAUACAUUUAUCAGCUAUGACUUGUAACUGUGGAUUGACAUCUCUGCCUUACACCACUCCAGCUUCCAGGACUACAACACCUACCAAGGAAACAAAUACCACAAGGACAAGAACACCCUGAGCUACAUCAACCUUGGUACCAGUGAGAACAAGAUCUGUAUUGAUCUGCUGGCUGAAAGGUUGACUUGGACUGACAUGCUGUACAUUGAUGAAGACCUACUGCAGUAUCCUGAUUGGAGAGGGCAACCAUUGGAAGGACUCAAGGUGCCAGAUUCUCUGCUGGGGAAAAAGGUUAGAGGCCUUGCUAUCAACCCUCAGAAUCCUCUGGGAGAUGUCUACUCCCGAGACUCAGUGAUGGAAUAUCUGGAAUUUGCUAAGAAGUACAACCUACAUGUGAUUAUAGAUGAGAUUUACAUGCUGUCUGUGUUUGAUGAAGCCAUCCCAUUCCAUAGUGUUCUGAGCCUGGAGAGUCUGCCUGACCCCAACAAGACCCAUGUGAUCUGAGGCACCAGUAAGGAUUUCGGCAUCUCUGGCUUCUGCUUUGGCACUCUGUACACCCGCAACAGGGAGGUGGCCUCUGCUGUGAGCUCCUUUGGCUACCUCCACAACAUCUCUGGCAUCACCCAGUACAAGCUGUGUCAGCUGCUUCAGGACAGAGAAUGGAUUGACAAUGUGUACCUGCCCAUUUAUCGCUUCCGGCUGCAGGAGGCUCACAGGUACAUUACUAACAAACUGAAGGCAUUGAAAGUCCCUUUUCUCAAUCGUGGCUCUGGCCUCUAUGUCUGGAUCAACUUGAAACAGUACCUGGACCCUUGCACAUUUGAGAAAGAGCUGCUCCUCCAUCGCUGCUUCCUUGACAACAAGCUGAUUUUGUCCUGUGGCAAGACCUUCAUGUGUAAGAAGCCUGGCUGUUUCCGCCUCCUCUUUGCAGCUAGGCCCCUCCUGCUAAGAAGCAGUAAGUGGGGCUGA